CAGCACCACCACCGCGCUGCGGAGCCGGGCUCGGUGCGGGGCCCCGGCGGAGCCUCCCCGGGCUCCAGGGGCGCUGUGCGGGGCCGGAGCUCAGCGCCCGGCCUCGGCCCGCCCCUUCCUCCGUGCCGGGAGCCGGGACCGGGCUCCGCCAUGCCGAAAGUAUGCACGACAAAAGGAAAGUAGGAUCCGGGCAGUGCCAAAGGUUGCACAGGACGGCCACGUUUGUGCAGCCCCGUAUGUCUCAUGAGUAACGCAGGUAGUGCUGCACCCCAGCGGAGUAAAGUGAUGAACAAACAGCACUCAUUAACUUCUGUCUUUCUUAAUAUUUUUAAACACGAGUUCUUCGUGGACAUGACCUGCGAGGGCUGCUCCAAUGCGGUCACCCGCGUCCUGCACAGGCUGGGAGGUGAGUCGAGCUGCCGGCGCUGCGUGUGUCACCGCCAGCUCGCCAUGGCAGCGCCAGCUCUGGGACUGGACGUCGCUGUCCUGUGGUCCUUCAUUUUGCGCAGGAAGCAAUGUGUCCAGUUUGAUAUUGACCUGCCCAACAAGAAGGUGUACAUCGACUCGGAGCACAACGUUGACACCCUAUUGGAAACUCUAAAGAAGACUGGAAAGAGCGCGUCCUACCUGGGGGAGAAAUCCGCACAGUAACCUGGUAUGAGGAGGCUAGGAAUUCAAGCAGGACUUCAGCAAAACGAUGGCUUAACUGUUUGCAUAUCUCCAACUUGGUCCAUCAUUUGACCUUUCCCAGCCCUGCCAGAUGUCAGGAAGCAGAGUGCUGGCAGGAGGAGACAGCUGCAUUUGGGGUUUUAAAAAUGGACAAAUCUAGAGAAGGAGGUUAUAUGCUGUUUCUAGUCCCACAGUAAAUCAAGGUGCUGCUUAUAUCUUUCAGCAUA